GCCGGAUGCACCACGUGCGCGGCCUGCAAGAUGGCGGGCAGCAACCGGACCCUGUGCUGGGAUGGAGCUCGGUUCUUGAGGAUGCGGCUCACACUCGCCACCCUGAGUGGUCGUUCUGUGCGGAUAUCCGCUAUCCGGAGCCAGGAGAUGGAGCCAGGCCUGCGGGACUUCGAAGCAAGUUUUAUUCGGUUAAUGGACAAAAUAACAAAUGGCUCCCGAAUUGAAAUAAAUGAAACUGGUACUACGCUGUAUUACCAACCAGGUCUUCUACAUGGAGGAACAGUUGAACAUGAUUGCCAUCCUCAACGUUCCAUUGGUUAUUACCUAGAAGCCUUGCUCUGCCUAGCCCCAUUUUGUAAGCGACCACUAAAAGCCAUCUUGAAAGGUGUCACCAAUGAUCAAAUGGAUCCCUCAGUGGACACUCUAAAAGCUACAGCCCUGCCACUAAUGAAGAGAUUUGGUAUAGAUGGUGAAGGUCUUGAGCUGAAGAUAGUCCGGAGAGGAAUGCCUCCUGGUGGAGGAGGUGAGAUUAUCUUCUCGUGCCCAGUGCGACGAUUUUUGAAGCCCAUUCAGUUAACAGACUCUGGCAAAAUUAAACGGAUCAGAGGUGUGGCGUACUCUGUCAGGGUGUCUCCACAGAUGGCCAAUAGAAUUGUUGAUUCAACCAGAAACAUUUUAAACAAGUUCAUACCAGAUAUCUACAUCUACACUGAUCAUAUGAAAGGAGCAAAUUCUGGAAAGUCCCCGGGUUUUGGCUUGUCUUUGGUGGCUGAAACAACAAAUGGAACAUUGCUGAGUGCAGAGCUGGUUUCAAAUCCUUCAGGCCAAGGAUCACCUGUCUUGCCUGAGGACCUUGGGAAGAACUGUGCAAAGCUGCUUUUGGAAGAAAUCUACAGAGGUGGCUGUGUGGAUUCAAUAAAUCAGAGUCUGGCCCUGCUGUACAUGACCCUUGGACAGCAGGAUGUUUCAAAACUUCAGAUAGGUCAGCUGUCCCCUUACACGAUUGAGUUUCUGCGUCAUCUGAAGAGCUUCUUCCAAAUCAUGUUCAAGAUUGAAACUCAGCCGAUGGAAGAAGGGAAAGGUGGAGAGAAAGUACUAAUGACUUGUAUUGGAGUUGGUUUCUCUAACAUCAGCAAGACUGUCAUGUAGCAACAACCACUGUCACAUCUGAUGUGUUUGGGGUGGUUAUUUUUAUAUUAAAACAUCGGAAAAUCUUCAUCCAGAAAAGUUUGUCUAAAAAAUUUUAUACACUGAGAAGAAAUGGUGUUCUUGCAGAACCUCUGAAAAUGACAAUACUUUUCUGAAAAGCCCUUGAGAUCUUGAAGGACCAAGAACAGAAGUAGGUCAUUCAACUGGCUCAAUUUGUUUUGCCAUAGCUCCAUAUGUCCCAAUACCUUCACCCAACAAAAAGUGAUCAGUCUUAGUUUUAAAGUUUUUUUUAACCAAUAUACUCUCACAUUUUUGGCAGCGUGGGGGUGGGUGGUGGCUGUGGGGGAGAGGUUUGGGUUGGGAGGAAGGAUUGGAGUUGAGAGACCUAAUAUUCCAGAGAGUUCUUUGUUAACUAUUUUGGGGAGAAAUUCUCUCUGACAUUACUCCUGGUAAGGCCAGCUCUAAUUUUAUGGUUGUCCUCCCUUUUUCUGAACUUCACCAUUGGAGGAAAUGCUUUUUUUUAAUCCACUGUAAAUCCUUUAAUUAUCAUAUCAUCCUUAAUUUUCCAAUCUCAUGGGAAUUGUUGAAUUGCUUUAUACAGAGAGCCAGGUGGUAGAAAUUCAAAGGUUUAUUCAGCACCGAACAGUGCAGUUACACUUCUUGGAUAAUUCUGAGUCUUACUCAAAAACAACUAACAAAAAAAAUGCGUGCAUCAGUUGGUAUACUUAAUUGGCACUCCCUUUUUGUCUCAUUGGUUACUAGCUUGGAGCUGUCAACCAGAGAUUGGUCCCUUCUUGUGGUGUGGUUAUGACCCAUCUCAUUGGUUUGGUUCUUGUGCACAUCCCUAGGUGUAGCUGGGCCCCCAACUCACUCCUACGCGCUGGCUUGCUCCCUGCGGCUAGAUCAAUCUUGCAAGGUCCCCGACGGUGCAUCUGCCGGACAUCCCUUCAUUAGGUGCACGGCAACCGCGAGCCAUGCUUAUUAAUGUUAACCCUAUCAAGAAUACCAACCUGAUUUGUGCAGCCUGCACGCAAAAUUUAAACUCAUUAGUCCUGACAUCAUUUUGGUAAAUCUGCAUUUUUGAAGACUUUAACUAAAUGUACAAAUAAUCAUGUUUUUAUGUUUUGUCAUCCCUAUCAGGUUAAAAUGAGGAUAUUGCAUUCUGAUUGGAGUAUACUAAAUUAUAUGUUGUAAUAAUACUGUGAUAAAGUGUUUUUUGUAAUAAAAUUUCCUGUUUAUUUGUA